GUAUUUGUUUCAGAAAAAGUAUCUUAAAGAAGCGCAGGAUGGCUGGCUUGACUGGGUUAAAGAGGCUUUCCCUGAUCUUGAACAUCGAUGUUAUUUCUUCCCCCCUGUCUUUAUAAGGCGAGUGCCGAUCACAAUGACAACUGUCGCAGAUCAAAGUGUUGUCAUGCUUGUAAAAGAAGGCGCACAGACCAGCGAUAAGAAUUCUAGCACUCCCUCAGUACAGACGAGCGACAUGGUUGACGAUGACGCCUUACAACAAGUUAUACUUAAUCUUAAGACUCUGUCGAAGGAACUGUUGAAGAACGAAGUAUUUAUGUGUUUGAGUCAGUUUCCGUUCGGUUCGUAUCUGGGAGAACCAAACUACGCUCCGGCAGUUGCCCAUCUUCCAUCACCAACCAACCUGCCCUCAGAGUUGCCCUGGAACUGGCGGCAAGGUGACUUUGAUGUGCUCCUCAUUCACAGACAAUACGGCUUUGUUGCAUUUGAAGUAAAAGCUGUUACAGGCAACAGCGAAACAUCAGUAGAAAAAAGAAUUGAGCAGACGACAAAAAAACUGAAGGAAGCUGUGAAGCAGUUGAACAAAGCGGAAGCCAUGUUGACACACCUGACUUCAGACAUCGUUCCCAACGUACGAAUCACUAAGACAAUAGCUUGUCCUAACCUCACAUCACAGGAAUUAAACGACUUUAUUUCUAACGAUGAGCAGUUGGAACAGGAUCUCUUCGAGUGUUUCAAAGUAAAAAAUGCCGCAGAUGUUGUCCGCUUGAUCCUCUGUUCUGAUCACCUGUGUUUACCUGAAACUGUACCACCUGAAAGAGAUAGAAAGAUACUGGCAUUGAAGGUUUGGUGGAAAGAUCAGGUGUGCGUGCCUGGAAAAAACUCACAGUUUAGCUUUGACUUGUACAGGAGCAUAAUAGCAAGGUUCUGUGGUCCAGCCUCUACUGUGACAGUGCCCUGCACAAGUGAACCUCGUGUCUGCAUCAAAACAAUAAGCCAGGCAGUUGCUCACGUGGGAGACUGUUAUACUGCUUACAUGACACUUUUUCCUGAACACAUUGCUUUGCUGACCAGAGAGCCCCCUAGGGUUUUCAUUGCUGGUCCUCCUGGUUCAGGUAAAACAACUGUGCUGCUUCUGGUGGCCAUUAAAUGGCUACAACACGGCAGCAACGUCUACGUCUUGAGUACGUGGGACCGUAGUCUCGCAGCAUCGUUCCGACUUUGCUACCUGCUACGGAUGGCACUUAAAACACAACAAAUAGACGAGGACACGGCAGGGCGGGUUAUAUUCCUAAAUAAGAACUUAAGAAACAAGAAUGAUGUGGAGGCAGUUUUAAAGGAGCUCACACGGGUGGCGACACAUGGACCGUUGUAUGUUAUCGCUGACGAAGUGGGGCCUGACUUUCAGUCGCAGUAUUACAUUUUCCCAGAUUUCUGCUGCAAUCUCCUUAGACAAAUUCAAAAUAGAAAUGAUGAUCUCCAUUUCUGGGCUGCAAGUGGCCAAGACAAUGUAGCACCAGACGAUCUUCUCGACUGGGACACAGAAGGGUGGGAACUGAACUAUUUCACCAGACCACUCCGCUCACCCCCAUCGGUGACCCGUGAAGUCAAACUGGCGGUGGAGAUCAGAAAUGGUACAGUUCCUGAGUACAGCGAGCGGAAUGUUCCUGAUCACUCGGAUGGUCCACCCGUUAAGUGGGUCUAUCAUCAACCUCAGGAGCAUGGGUGUCUAAGAGUUGAAGACUGUGUUGUUUGCGGGAAUAUAGUCGCUAUAUUCCUGUGCACAGAGCUCCGACUGAGUGUGUAUGCUUCUGCAUCAGUCAACACCGAUGUUCCUACUGCUAACAACAGACCCAUCCUUGAUUCAGCACCAGUCAACACCGAUGUUCCUACUGCCAACAACAGACCCAUCCUUGAUUCAGCACCAGUCAACACCGAUGUUCCUACUGCCACCAACAGACCCAGCCUGAAGUACAAAGACGUAAUGAUUCUGUCUUGGGUUAAACUUCGAGAGGACACCCCUCUGUUGAAGGCGUUGUCAGACGCUGAAGUCCCUGUACGUGUGAUGAGGGAUGAGGACAUCGAGGACGUGGCUACAGCCCGCAGUGACGUGGUGUGGGCGGCACAACAACAACUAGUCUGCGGUUUAAUGAGAAAAGUCGUUGUUGUUCUGAACAACUACGACGACAGUAAAGGCAAAUAUGUCUUCACACGACUACGCGCCAUGUCCAGGUGUUCUUCACAGCUCGUGGUCGUCUGCCCUCCUUCUGACUACGAACCGGAAUAAAUUAACUUGUAUAGGACAAAUAUGAAACAAUUUUUCCUGCUACUUUACGUUAUCAGAAAGUCGAUGGACACAUUUUAAAACUGAUAAACUCUUACAAAACAUACCGAUUAACAACAAUUGCUAUAUUUUUUAUUUAUACAUAAAACCGCUUUAAACGUAUGGUGGUUGCAGUGUCCGUGUUGCAAGGUGUUUCAGCAGUGAUGUUUUGAUAACAAUCUUGUUACACGAACAUCUCAACACAACACGUUUCAAAUGAAUACAAAACUAAGGAUUUUACUGCUAGCAGCAGCUCCACCCCUAGCUAACCUGCAAUACAACUUUUUCUGGGUUGAACUUUCUAAGGUUAACUUCAGCCUACAAAGGCCCUAUAACAGUUUAUGAGGGUUUUUUUUAACUGGACACCAAGGAUAUGGCUGCAGCCUAUUGUGAUGUCACAUGGCUGUCUGACACCAAGCAGCUUGCAACCCAAAAAGAAAAUUCAUCGAUGUACUAAAUAAGUACUACAACAUUUAAAUCGGGUACGUCUCCAUUGGACUACAGUCCAGGUCUAGGUGCAUAUCAUAGCUGGUUGUCGUAUAUUCUCCGCCCGGAUGUCAACCAACCCAAUCUAAAAUAUAACCAAUCAUGCUCUGAGCCAUGGGGACAUCGCUCUAAAUAUAACACUGAAGAAUACAUAAACAUUAUCCUUUUAAUUUUGAAUUCUUUAAAUUCUUUAAUUCCAGGGAAGCAACAUAGUGGCUGACACAUAUACUCUCAAUGUGUAAAUAAUAAUUAGAAUGAUUAUAGUAGAGUAUUUUUGUGUCCGGGAUGUUAGCUGUUGUAGCAGUAGUGUUGCGUUAACGAAUAAAUCAACACCUAAAGUUAGUUUUUCAUAGCAUCUGAAGCAUGUUAAAAAAUUAACAGUACAUACGUAAUAAAAAUAUUAUAUAUACAUGUAUAUAUGUCAUGUAUUUGAUGUAGCAAUGUUUAGAGCUAAAGUGCUUCCUCAUCUAUAAUGUUAUUAUAAUUACUGUUACUGUACUUUUUUUGAGACUUGUAUGAGUUGAAGGAAUUUGAAUAAACGUAAAUUUAAAACUAACUUCAAUGUAUAUGUAUACCUGAAAUGUAUGCCUUAGUUUGACAAUUACUUUGAAGUAUUCAUUAUGCUUGGUACUAAUGUUUAUUUUUAUUCGUUUCUAUUUUUGAUAGCUAGAAAGUAGCAAAGAUUCAUUAAAUGGGCAUGUCAGUCUAUAAAAAGCAAAAUAAACUUGAAAAAAAACUCAAAACAAAAAGCAAGAGAGAGAAUGAAUGAAGCAGAAACGAAGAGAAAGGAAAGAAAAGAA